AUGGUAGAGAUUGUGCUUGAGGUGGCGGCUGGAGUAGCAAUUGUGACGGUAGUGGUACCGGUGGUUAUAAUCCUGUUGGUGGCAAGGCAACGGUGGUGGCAGACAAUUGGGGGAAAAGAUAUUCUACUUGCUUUGUUGGAAAAUCCCAUUCUGGUAUCGGCCUCAAUCUCUUUUAAGGCUAACCCAGAGAAGAAGUUCUCAGCAUCUGAUGAGUCUAGUCCAGAGAGAUCAAAAUGGGUUUAUAUAUUUCAGAAAGAAUAUGCUACAGUUGAUCCUGCCCACGUUGAUUUUGUCGGCACUGAUGAAGCAACAACGUGUGUUGGCCUUGUUAUUCGGAACCAAAAAAAUGGAAUGACAUCAGUUGCUCAUAUGGAUUCACCAAAAAUUGUAGAAAUGGGCCUUUCCCAAAUGUUAUCAUCACUUGUUGACAGCAGUCUGGAGACCGAGUUUGAUGUGCAUCUCGUUGGGGGUUUUGAAGAAGUGUCACUGCAACAUUCUAAUGGUAGCACAGUAUCAGAAAGCGCUGCAUAUUUGGAUGGUUAUUCCUUUCCUUUGUGUUCAAAGAUUGUUCAUACUUUAUGGUCAAGAGAUGAGAAGUUUCACAUCCGGACUAUCUGUGUUCUUGGACAUAAUACCAGAAGGGAUUCUGAUGGAAACACAUACCCCUUUUUCAAUGGAUUUGUGGUGGAGACUGCAUCAGGGAUUGUCAUCCCAGCUAUUUUUGAUAGAAUUUCUAGAUGUCCAGAUGAGCUUGUCAGAAGAAUACGAGUAUCUGCUUCUUAUGAAGAUGCCAACUGGAAUGAGAAGUUACUAGAAACAUACGAUUGUGGCUCUGACUGUUUCAAAAUCGCUCCUUGUUACUGGACUCUUCGUCAAUAUCAUAUUGCUCUGUCACUUCUAAAUUAUUCUGAUUCGGAAAUUCUUUCAAUGUGUUCAACGUCACCUACUGCUGAGGCGCCAGACUUUGUGGACAAUUUAAGGAGGCAGUGGAUUUACUUGAUUGAGCAUCCACAUUGGACAGAAACCUUUCCCACGAAACAACCCCGCACUUUUGCUAGAAGUUCUGAUGGAAGGUGGAUAAGAUGUUGA